GUCAAAUGUGAUAGUUGUGUAACUAAUUAUUACGCUUAGAAUAAUUUAUUUUUGAUAAACUUAAGCACCUAAAGAUUUAUUUCAUAUAAUUUUCGAUAAAUUUAGAUUCGAUCAGUUAUAGUUUUCUAAUAUACGUGCAACUAUUAUGAGAAGGUCAAGUUUUCAUACAGAUUUCAGUGAUCCAUCGUGUUUAACAAAACCUGAAAGUAAAACAAUAAGGACUACGAUUAUCGCUACUAUAACGGACUCUUCAAUAACAGCAGUGGAUAUACAAAAGAUGUUAGAAGCUGGGAUGAAUGCAGUAAAAUUUAAAUUGUCACAUACCACCAAAGGUGAUAAAUUGCAAAUACUAUCGAAACUAGACAAGGCAUGUCUCAAAUGCUGCACAAAAUAUGGAGUACCAGACUGGCCUGUUUCCACAAGUAUAGAGUUAAAAACUUGUAUUGUUAAAACGGGUUUAUUGGGAUCGGACAAGGAUUAUAUCUACGUCAAGGAAGGAUCACAAGUAAUAUUGACCAAUAACUUAAGGGAUUACAACACUUGCAAUGAAUACAAAAUAUUUGUUGAUAAUGCUUGUUUGACUUCUGAAGUCAAUAUUCAUACUGAAAUAUCCAUCGGGCAGGAAGAGAUUAUUGUUAUUUGCACUGAAAUCGUCGAUGAGAAAUCAAUUCAGUGCCUUGUGACAAAAGGAGGCAGACUAUUUGAUCUCGAUUACGUCUCUAUGAGAAGUGUUAUCCGUAAAAGACCUACCCUUGGCAAAAUUGACUUUCAAAUUAUAACAUUUGCAUUGCAGUAUCAGGUGCAUAUGCUUAUAAUAAAUUAUGUUAGACACGCAGAAACUUUAAAGCAAAUAAAAAAGUUUAUUGGACCUGUAGUAAAAAGGCCGUUCCUCAUUAGUGGUAUUUGUACUCAACAAGGACUAGAUAAUAUUGAUGAAAUAGCGGAGGAAUCUGACGCCAUAUUGCUAUCAAGAGAGUUCUUACCUUUUGAGUUAGACGCAUCGAAGCGGUUAAGGUUGCAUCUCAUACAAAAAUGGCUCGGUGCUAAAUGCCAAGCAUUCGGGAAACCAUACUUCUUGUCUGGCGACAUCCUUCAAGAUACCAUGUCAAAUGGUUAUUAUACAGACCGUGAGGUUUCAGAUGCAACGAAUGCUCUUUUUGAUGGAGUCGGUGGUUUCAUUUUGAAAAACUAUCACGAUAUAGAUUGCGCUCUAGAGGCCUUAAAUACUUUGAAUACAAUCUGUCAGAGUACAGAAACCUACACAGAUUCCAAGAAUAGUUUUUUGCGGGUCGUCGAUGAGAUCAAGUUGCCAUUGAAUGCGGCAGAAGCGUCCAUGCUUGCAUGCGUGAUUGCUGCAUACCAAUGCCAGGCAGGUGCUAUAAUUAUACCUACAGUAUCUGGGACUACUGCUAGGACACUAUUGCGCAUGAACCCUGAUUGUCUUAUCAUCACUGUCUGUAAACAUAUAAGAGUAAAUCGAUUAUUGAAAUCCUGUAAAAAUGUAGUCCCGCUUGUAUACGUUGAAAAACCACAUAAUAAAUGGAUUUAUAAUGUCAAAGCUAAGGUUGUAUUUGCUGUCGACUAUGCAGUGCAUAGAGGAUGGCUCAAAUACGGAAACACCUAUGUCACUCUUCAAAGGGGCAGAGAGGAAAGUUCAUAUUGUGAUAUGGUGCGCAUUUCGCCGGUCACGAACUACAAAAGGCCCACAGUUGAAUGCCAUGAGAAAUGACAAACAGCCAAAGAAAAAUUAGAUAAUAAAAUAUUUUCUUAAUAUUAUGAUGAGCUUUUAUUAAUAAAAACUCCUGAA